AUGUCUGCCGUUGCUGAGCCCACAACCCAGACGUCCUCCGUCGAGUCGUCUCCUCGGUUGAACGCCGUCGACGCUGCAAAGCUCGAUCGCACCGAAGUCGAGUCCGGAUACGGUUCCGCCACAGAUGCCUCAUCGACGUCGUCGUCCAUCCCCGCGCUCCCCUUGAUCUCCCUCACCCAACCCCACCUGAAGCACCUCAACGACCAGCUCGAGAACAUGCACCCCCUCGACAUCCUUCGCUUCUCAAAGAUUAUGUUCCCCAACCUCUUCCAGUCGACGGCCUUUGGUCUCACUGGCCUCGUCACCCUCGACAUGCUCUCCAAGAUCCAAAAGGAGAACCCCUCCGCCGCUAACGUCGACCUCAUCUUCCUCGACACCCUCUACCACUUCAAGGAGACCCACACCCUCGUCGACCGCAUCCAGGAGCGCUACCCCAACGUCGCCCUUCACAUCUUCAAGCCCUACGGCGUCGCCUCCACCGAGGAAUUCGAGGCCAUGUACGGCCCCAAGCUGUGGGAGACCGAGGCCGAGAUGUACGACUGGAUCGCAAAGGUCGAGCCCCUCCAGCGCGCCUACCAGGAGCUCGGCGUCGCCGCCAUCCUCACCGGUCGCCGCCGCUCCCAGGGCGGCGCCCGCGACAAGAUGCCCGUCAUCGAGGUCGACGACGAGCGCGGCGUCAUCAAGAUCAACCCCAUGGCCAGCUGGUCCUUCAAGCAGGUCCAGGAGUACAUCAAGACCCACAACGUCCCCUACAACGACCUUCUCGACCAGGGGUACAAGUCCGUCGGCGACUGGCACUCCACCGUCCCCGUCAAGGAGGGCGAGGACGAGCGCGCCGGCCGCUGGAAGGGCCAGCAGAAGACCGAGUGCGGCAUCCACAACAAGAAGUCGCGCUACGCGCAGUACCUCGAGGAGAUGGAGCGCAAGGCCGUCGAGGCCAAGGGCGCCGCUCCUGCGUCGUCGACUGAGGCGGCAGAGAAGGGCGAGGCGGCCAUCGCUCCUGUCGUCAAGGCCGAGAAGGAGGAGCAGGCUAUCGCGUCGAUCUAG